AUGCCACCUUUUCCGCCCGCCCCAAAGGGGCGGGCGAGCGCCAUGGGGGAGGCGAUGGAGGACCAAGUACAUGAUUAUGAGAUUGACUUUGAAAAUCGGAACACCUUUCUUCACAUCAGUGUGAGAUCGACCACUCCGGUUUUGACACGCUCACAGAGCUGGACCCCUUCCUCGAGCAGCAAGGACUCCUCUUCUGAGAGCUCAGCUUUUCCACAAGGUUGGUUGGCAAGCACAGCGGUUUUACCAGCAACUCAAGAGCAGCUAAUGCAUCGCGUUUUCAACAUUACCAGCGGGACGUCUUCAAGUUCCAAGCCAAGUUGUUCUGACCUCACCGACAGUAACACCACAGACAAGGCUAUAGUGACAUCUGGCAGCGAUGAAAAGCGGCAAACUGCUGCUCAGGAGCCGCCCAGAGCUGAGGGCGCUCCUACUUCAAGCGGUUCAUGGCACGCUGUGACAGCUACUCUGCCACUGUAUGAUUUGCCGUCACGAGGUUCCAUAGGGCAUUUGGAAGGAAGGUGUCAGCCGUGCCGAUUUAUCAACUUGCCAGAUGGAUGUCGCAAUGGCUAUGAGUGCACGUUUUGCCAUGACGAUCAUGAAGUCGCUACUGGCAAAACACAUCGGCCCUCUAAAGGAGUUCGUUCAGGCUACAAGCGUUCUGUUAAUCAGAUCAUCGAGUCUGACCUGCCUGAGGAGCAGAAGCUUGAGGCCUACAAGCGUUUAGCCGAGAGGAGUCCUUACAUGCGUUGCUUGAUCAAGGCGGUGGUGCCCAACAUCGAUGAGAUAGUGCGAUCUGAAGCACCCGAGUUCGAACGGGAGUGCGUGCCACGAACUCCAGGGCUACAGCCCAGUCCAAAGGAGGCCGGUUAUUUCUCCGAAUCCAAGAUUUCUUUAUAG